UUAAAAAAAAUUGAAGAAAAAUUAAUGAAAACAUUUAUAUAGAUCUAUUUUGAUUUCUCUUUUAAGUAAAAUAUUGAAAACUAAAAAAAUUCUAAUGGAUAAACCAAAACUUCAAUUUCAAGAAAUUGCAAAAAAAAAGAAUCAAACAGAAUUUUAUAAAUGUGGGGAAGUAUUUGUCGCUGGAGAUGGUAGGUUUCGAUGGAACUGUGUUCUUUGUGGAAAAGAAUUCCAAAAUGCUUACUUUCUACAACAUGUCCUGUGCAAUCAUAUUUCAAGCCGUUGCAAUGAAAAUCCAAAAACUCGAAAAAUCAUUGAAAUAGAUUGUAGCCUCAACUUCGUAAGAAGUUCUUCAAGUUUACCAUUAUCUCAUACGAAACAUAAAUUUUGCUACAAUGAAUCAAAAGAAAAUACUCUACUUUUGAAAAAGUUUAAUAUAAAAAAAGACGUUAGAAUACAUUUGGAAAAAAAUAGUUUUUUAGAGUACAUGUUAGCACAAAAAAGAAUUGCGGAAGGUGAAACGGAAUCGGUAUUAAACGAAAUAAUUAGGAGGGAUACUUUAGAAGAUUGCAAUCAAUCUAUACAAAAAAAGGAAAUAUUUGACCAAACAAACGUUAUCUCUAAUGUAGAUCAUAAACCAAGCUGUAUUAAAAGGAGAACUGAUUUUAAUCAAGAAUAUAUUCCAUUUUCUGAAAGCGUAGAGAUUAAAAAAACAGCUUUAAUAGACCAUUCGGAAUUUAUACGGAAAAAUUUAAUUUGUGAUAAAAAUUUAGGUAAUUUUAAACAUCCUGUUAAUAUUGUUAAGGAUGAUAUAAUGUUGAAUUUUGAAAAAUUCUCAAAACAUCAGGAUAAUUUGAAAUCAUCUAAAAUUAUAAACGCACGUAAAUAUGAAAAACAUGUCUGCGAGAUUUGCGGUAAAGAAUCUACUACAAAAUACAAUUUGAAUAAUCAUAUCAAAUUGAAACAUAGCCUUAAAGAUAGAAAAAAGUAUUCAUGCGAUCGAUGUACUAAAGUGUUUGUUAAAGAGCAGAGUCUGGAAAAUCAUAUGAAAAUUUUUCAUUUAAAAGAAAAACCUUUUAUAUGUGAUAUUGAUAAAUGCGGACGAGGUUUUAUUGAUGAAAAGUCCUUAAAAAAUCACCAGGCAUUUCAUACAAAUGAAAGAAAAUUUACUUGCCCAAAAUGCGGAAAAAAAUAUUUGCAUAAAAGUAAGUUAGACGCUCAUUUCAAAAUAUAUCAUGUUUUAGGUCGGAUUCACCAAUGUAAAGAAUGUAAUAAAAGUUUCUAUGAUCCUUACACCUUACGCAGCCAUAUGAUAUGCCAUACUGGAGAAAAACCUUUUGCAUGCGAUGAAUGUCCAGCAAAAUUUCCAAGAGAAAAUGCGUUGCAAUGGCAUAAGAAAGUACACUCUGGAAUUAAAGAUCAUAUAUGCCAAAUUUGUGGUAGAGCUUAUCAUUUGUUCACAGGCCUGUAUGCUCAUAUGAAAACUCAUGGAAUUAAAUAUAACAAAAAAAUUGAAAAAGGUUUGAUAUCGAUUGAAAAGAUUGUUUCCAAUAACAUUAAGCAAAGUAAGGUGAAAUCAAAGUACAAUAAUUUGGAAUAUAAAAAUGUUCAUACAUUAAAAUAACAAUAACUUUUUAAUAUUUAAAUAUAUGAACAUAUAUAAGAACAACGUAUUACAAAACUUUUAAAUAUUUGAAAAAUUUUAAUUGCACAUUUAUGCGUGUAAAAUGGGUUAGUAACUCCGAAUUAAUUUUACAACCAAAAUCAAUGAAUUUAUCCAGUUUCAAUGAAAUGAAAAUGACUUUUCUUCUGUUUGCUUUAGCAAAGUAUUUUGGAAUUUAUAAAUUUGGAAAUGCUCUCCAAAACUUUAGCAUAAAGCACAGUAUUGAUUUGAAAGGAAACUUAGAGUAUGUAAAAAAUCUCAGAAGUUUCUCAAGGAAUGCCCAUAAUUGGUUUUCCUUCUCUGAAAAUAAGGAAUUUGCAGUAAACUGUACUGUUACCUUAUUUUAGCAAUUACAACCCAUAUGGCAGUUUUGGAGUCAAGAUAUGAGCGUCAAAAAAAACCGCUCAGUAGAAUCUUUUUUGUUAACUCUUAAUAUCUUUUAUUUUUAUGCAAUUUAAAAAAUAAAUUUAUAAAAUUAAAAGUUCACUCAAUUAUUAACAAAAUUUACGAAAAAAAAUAACAUUAAAAAAACAAUAACAAAA